AUGUUUCGAGAAUAUUUAGUGGGCUAUCUAUCUAUCUAUCUAUCUAUCUAUCUAUCUAUCUAUCUAUUUCAGUAUGUUCAUCUAUUUCAGUCUAUUCACAUCUAUCUAUCUAUCUAUCUAUCUAUCUAUCUAUCUAUCUAUCUAUUUCAGUAUGUUCAUCUAUUUCAGUUUAUUCACAUCUAUUAUCUAUCUAUCUAUCUAUCUAUCUAUCUAUCUAUCUAUCUAUCUAUUUCAGUAUGUUCAUCUAUUUCAGUCUAUUCACAUCUAUCUAUCUAUCUAUCUAUCUAUCUAUCUAUUUCAGUAUGUUCAUAUAUUUCAGUUUAUUCACAUCUAUCUAUCUAUCUAUCUAUCUAUCUAUCUAUCUAUCUAUCUAUCUAUCUAUGUAAUCUGUUCCUCUCCAUAUCUAUCUAUCUAUCUAUCUAUCUAUCUAUCUAUCUAUCUAUCUUUUUAUUCUUCUGUUCACAUCUAUCUAUCCUGCCCAUAUAUCUGUCUAAUUGCGUUCAUAUCUAUCUAUCUAUCUAUCUAUCUAUCUAUCUAUCUAUCUAUCUAUCUAUCUAUCUAUCUAUCUAUCUUUUUAAUCUUUUUCUCUGUAUAUCUAUUUCAUUUUGUUCACGUCUAUCUAUCAAUCUCUCUUCUUUUUUUUUCUUUCUCGCCGUUUCGUUUUCUGUUUGCUUACUUAUGCAUUCAAGAUUUUAUGAGACUCACUUUUUUUAUACGAAAGUAUUUGUUUACUCACGGUUUUUUCUCAACAAACAUGAUAUCAGUUGCCCGACAACAUUUAAAGAAUACGCACUUGCUCUCGUAACCAAUCUCUUCGCACUCAUCUUAUUAGCCUCUGUCAUGGUUGCCAAUGUUGGCAACAGAUUUUUUUCUCCUGCUAAUGCCUUCCAAGCAGGGCAGUUAUGA